UUAUACAGAAUAUUGCUUGAAAAUGUAAAUUUAAAAAGACAUACAUAAGAAUACAUAUGUUUUACAACACCCACGGGCAGAAAUUAAGAAAAAAAAGUGCCUAUUCUAAGCUACGCUCCAAAAACCCGCCUUUUCCCAGAGAACGCGUCAUAUGACGUAACGACAGGCAAACAUAGGCGCUGCAGCCCUGGUUCUCAGUGUGGGUUUACGUAGUCUGAGAGGUGGAAACAGAAAAUAGAGAUUGUCGUUCUCGUUAUUAUAGUUAUAGUAGGUUUGAGUUGUCACAAUGGUGAAUUCUUGUGUUUGUUUUGGAUGCAACAACUCCAACUUGUCUGGCCAUCGGGUCCACCGAUUUCCAAACAAGAAACACAAAGAUUUCCAUGCUUGGAUACGUUUCGUCCAGGCAAAGAGAAGCAAUUUCGCUGCCUCCUCGUUGACAAGACACACGGUGGUAUGUGAAAAACACUUCACACCGGACAGCUACAACCAAGGAGAUCUUAUGGAAUUUCGCAUGGGAUUUCGACGAAAAGAGUGGGUUAGGCUGGCAAAUGGAGCUGUGCCAUCGGUGCAUGCAGGUCCACCUGCAAAAUCUGGCGGGAGUGAAGAGUCUAACGUUAAUGUUAGCACUAGGAGAGAAUCUGCGCGUCGAAAAAGGGAGCUUUGCACAGCCUGCGGAACUUGUGGUAAUGAGCGUUACUGGCAAAACCAAGAGAAGGUGCAUCGAAACAUGCCUGCCUGCAACCUUUUACUCAGCGGUGCCAUCCACUUCUCAGGUUGCAUGGCUUCUCAGACAAUCAGGAUGCUGAAGCUGUUUGGACUGCAGUGCAUAAGUCCUGGCACUUUUUUCUGCCAUCAGCGCUAUUACUCUAUCCCUACCAUCAUGCAGGCCUGGAGGAAUGAGCAGAGGGGGAUCAUCAGGGAGUUGAAGGAGACUGGGGGUGGAUUGAUCCUGUCUGGUGACUGCAGAUCAGAUUCUCCUGGACACUGUGCCAAAUACGGUAGCUACUCCUUGAUUGAGGAUCGAAUUAACAAAGUUUUGGAUGUUCAGCUUGUCCAAAGCUCAGAAGUCCCAAGCAGCUCUUGGUGUGAGCUAGAGGGUCUAAAGCGGAGUAUGCAGUUCUUGAUGGACCAAGACAUGCAAGUGGCAGGUGGCCAAGUGGGUACGUGAGAAAAUGUGUUCAGAAGGAACAAGGCAUUUCUUUGACGUCUGGCAUAUUGGGAAAAGUGUACAGAAAGCACUGGAUGCUGCUGCAAAAGAGAGGGACUGUGAGGAUCUGAAGCUGUGGAGGCCAGCCAUCAUCAACCAUCUCUACUGGACCGCAGCUUCCACCCCUACAGGAGAUCCAGAUGAGAUGCAGGCAAAAUGUACAGGACAUACAUGAACACAGCACUCCUGCAUUUGCCAGCUGCGCACAUCCACCGUUGGAAGGAGAGGCAAGAAACAAGGAGUGGCUGGAACCAGGAUCACCAGCACCCACUAAACUGGAGAGUGUAGCUGCCAGGAAAGCACUGGUAAAGGAUAUUCGACAAUUGUCACCUCAGCAUCAGACAUUCUCCCUGGAGGCCUACCAUUCCCUCAUUCUGCACUUUGCUUCCAAACAUACUGGCUUUUCUUGGGAUGUACAGCAGACUUCUCUUGGCAGCCCUACAUUUCAAUAGUAAUGGCAACAGAGAUGUAGCGCGAACUAGUGAGGGUGAGGGACGCUACGCUGUUCGCUACCCACGGUUUCGGAAAGGUGGCUGGGUAGUCCACCCCAUCAAGGAGAAACCAUCUUACGUAUACGCAACAAAUCUUAUGGUCUCUCUGGUAGAGGAAUACUGCAAGACACCGCAGGCCCUCUGCUGCACCGCCCCCUCACCUCUUCACGUUUUAACAUGUAAUAAAAUAUCAAUUUUACCAGUAGUUUGUUUCACUAUGGAUUUAUUAAUCGUCUUCCAAGCGGGGCCACUGAAAACCUUUGUAUGUCUGUCCCUCCUCUGCAAACUGCAACCUUAUUGCUGACACAACACAUGAAGUUAUGGCUUUCCUAAUGUUCCUGCCUAGUAUUCCGUAUGCCCAGCGGACAACCUGCCUGUAUGCUGUGUAUCGGAACUGCCUGUGGUGGAGAUUGGGACAUAUAUACAUUUUGAUCAUACCAUGUUUUCAUAGUAAACAAUUCCAAUGGUAAAUAUUGCAUGUCCUGUUGGCUGAUAUUCUACUGUACUACACAACCC